GUUCGUCUCAUUUCCUGCCCUGAAAGCUUUGUUUCCUCACUGCAGCCGCUGAAGCUGCCGGCUGGAUCGAGGGGACCCCAGAGUUGUCCAGUCCCCCAGGGUAGGGGUGCCAGGAGCCCUUCUCCUCCGUAGCAGGUCUCAGAGGCUGAUGAUGGGGAAAUCGCACUGGUGAGACUGCCGUGGGCUCAGGAGGAACCUGCGAUAAGAUGCCCAACAGUUAAGGCAGCUGCUUUGAGGUUUGGAGCCUGAGAGCCCACAGGAAGUGACUUGGUGCUGAACUGAUGUUGCUUCGAUCUGGCGCCGGUCUCAGGCCAGGAGCUGCAGGGUGGCAUGGCUGGGGGCAUGUCAGCGGAGUGCCCUGAGCCUGGGCCAGGAGGGCCGCAGGGCCAGUCCCCAGGGCCAGGCAGGCAGUGUCCCCCUCCCAUCCCACCCGCCCCCUGGAGCCUGCCCCCGUGGAGGGCCUACGUGGCUGCCGCCGUGCUCUGCUACAUCAACCUUCUGAACUACAUGAACUGGUUCAUCAUCGCAGGAGUGCUGCUGGAUGUACAGGAGGUUUUUCAGAUCAGUGACAGCCAUGCUGGUUUGCUUCAGACUGUCUUCAUCGGCUGCCUGCUGCUGUCUGCACCCGUGUUUGGCUACCUGGGCGACCGAUACAGCCGCAAGACCACCAUGAGCUUCGGGAUCUUGCUCUGGUCAGGAGCUGGGCUCUCUAGCUCCUUCAUCUCCCCCCGGUAUUCUUGGCUCUUCUUCCUGUCCCGGGGCGUCGUGGGCACUGGCUCGGCCAGCUACGCCACCAUCGCGCCCACCGUCCUGGGCGACCUCUUCGUGAGGGACGAGCGCACCCGCGUGCUGGCCGUCUUCUACAUCUUUAUCCCUGUUGGAAGUGGUUUGGGUUACGUGCUGGGGUCGGCUGUGACGACGCUGACUGGGAACUGGCGCUGGGCCCUCCGAAUCAUGCCCUGCCUGGAGGCCAUGGCCUUGAUCCUGCUUAUCCUGCUGGUUCCAGACCCACCCCGGGGAGCUACCGAGACGCAGGGGGAGGGGGCCGCGGGAGGCUCGAGGAGCAGCUGGUGUGAGGACGUCAGAUACCUGGGGAAAAACUGGAGUUUUGUGUGGUCCACCCUCGGAGUGACCGCCAUGGCCUUUGUGACUGGAGCCCUGGGGUUCUGGGCCCCCAAGUUUCUGCUUGAGGCACGCGUGGUUCACGGGCUGCAGCCUCCGUGCUUCCAGGAGCCGUGCAGCAACCCUGACAGCCUGAUUUUUGGGUCAUUGACCAUCAUAACCGGCGUCAUUGGGGUCAUCUUGGGGGCAGAAGCUGCGAGGAGGUACAAGAAAGUCAUUCCAAGAGCUGAGCCCCUCAUCUGCGCCUCCAGCCUGCUUGCCACAGCCCCCUGCCUCUACCUGGCUCUCUUCUUGGCCCCGACCACCCUGCUGGCCUCCUAUGUAAGUGAGAGCCUCUAUGGAGGUGGGAACAGGGUUGGGGGACGAGGAACUCCUGUUUCCACGGCUCACGCUGUGCCCGGCCUUUAUACUGCUUCCUCUGGCAGCCCCACCUGCAGACUUCCUUGGGGGGAGUCAGGCCCCAGGAUCCAUUCUCCCCGAACGCCAGAUGACAUGCAUCUGGGUGUCCUGAAGACGUCUUCUGUGCACGCCCCUCGGGCUGUCCUGGUAUAG